GCCCAGUUGGGUGAGAACAGAAAUAUUUUCGGCAGGUGCUUGUCCGUCCUCCCCGUUCCGUUUGCGGUUGGGUCGCAGUCGUACAAAACCUUCUUGCUCUCGUUCGUGGUCCAAGUCUAACCCUAGCCGUCACCCCCUUCUUCCUCCCGGCAGAUAUCAGGCGGGCAGAGGGAGACGUCCUCGCCCGCGACACCUUCUUGCGCGCUCUCCUCUCCCCUGUGACCCCGCCGCCGACGGCCGCCGCGCGCGCGGAAGGUUCUCCUCCCCGCGGACCCCCAUAAAAGGUUUCGAGAUUUAUUAGGAAUAUAUACAAUAUGGCUGGGGGUAGCACGGAUGCAGCAACCAAGGAGAUGGAGGCAUUGCAUGUUGGGCAAACCAAGGAAACAGAUGAAAUUCUGAAAAAAGCGUCAGAUAGCAAUGGCGGGGCUCCUGGAGCUCAGUCCCCACCACCACCAGCAGAUGAUGAUGAGGCACAAGUGGAUGGUCCAUCUGAAGAUGGAGCAGGAGCUUCAGCGGCUGCGAAGAAGAAAAAGAAGAAAAGCAAGGCCAAAAAGAAGAAGGACCCCCAUCAGCAGACUGAUCCUCCAUCAAUCCCUGUGGAUGAGCUUUUCCCUUCAGGAGAUUUUCCUGAGGGAGAAAUCCAGGAAUAUAAGGAUGAUAAUUUAUGGAGAACAACUAGUGAAGAAAAGAGGGAACAGGAACGACUACAAAAACCAAUGUACAAUUCUGUUCGCCGAGCUGCAGAAGUCCAUCGACAGGUACGAAAGUACAUGAGGAGCAUUAUAAAGCCUGGAAUGCUAAUGAUGGAACUAUGCGAGACUUUGGAAAACAUGGUUCGGAAACUUAUCAAGGAGAAUGGACUGCAAGCUGGCAUUGCCUUUCCAACAGGAUGCUCGUUGAAUUGGGUCGCAGCUCACUGGACUCCAAAUUCUGGUGACAAAACUGUACUACAAUAUGAUGAUGUGAUGAAGCUGGAUUUUGGGACACAUAUCGAUGGGCACAUAGUUGAUUGUGCAUUUACUGUCGCAUUUAAUCCCAUGUUUGAUCCGUUGCUGCAAGCAACGAGAGAUGCCACAAAUACUGGAAUCAAGGAAGCUGGAAUAGAUGCACGGCUUUGUGAUGUCGGUGCUGCAAUCCAAGAAGUCAUGGAGUCAUAUGAGGUUGAAAUUAAUGGGAAAGUUUUCCAAGUAAAAAGUGUGCGAAACCUCAAUGGACACAGCAUUGGACCAUACCAAAUCCAUGCUGGUAAAUCAGUUCCAAUUGUAAAAGGCGGAGAGCAAACAAAAAUGGAGGAGGGUGAAUUUUAUGCCAUUGAAACUUUUGGGUCUACAGGAAAGGGAUUUGUGAGGGAGGACUUGGAAUGCAGUCAUUACAUGAAGAACUUUGAUGUUGGGCAUGUACCAUUGAGGGUAGCAAAAGCCAAGCAGCUACUGGGGACAAUCAACAACAACUUUGGAACACUUGCAUUUUGCCGCCGGUACUUGGACCGCAUCGGCGAGACCAAGUAUCUCAUGGCACUGAAAAAUCUAUGUGAUGUUGGCAUUGUUCAGCCGUACCCGCCAUUGUGCGAUGUGAGGGGAAGCUAUGUGUCCCAGUUUGAGCACACCAUUUUGCUCCGGCCAACCUGUAAAGAAGUCAUAUCCAGAGGCGACGACUACUGAUUGGCGCUGCGGCUCCUGUCUGUACCUGUCGCCUGCAGCGAUUAGAGUUUUACCAUCUUGGGUGACCUGUGUUCGUUAUGGAUCAAAUGGCACAUCGGAAUCGGAAAAAUAAUGCGGUUACAUUGCACCCUUUUGUUUUCUGAGUUUAAAAUUUGUGGAAACUGGUUUGUAAGAAUUGCUAUCGUGUUGUAUUACUUGAUCCCUCUAUAAAAAAUACUUCCUGGAGAUUUUUUA